GAACAACAACAAGUUGAUUUGCAGAUCGAAAGUGUUUUGCGUGGUGAGCCUCGUUCAAGACAACGUAAACGUAUAAUUGAUUAUGAACAAAGAAUUUUAUCAGUAUUUAAUAAUCGUGAUACUUAUUCGCUUAUUGAUUUUUUAAGAG